ACAAUUGAAGCUUGGUACUGCUGCGUAAUGGGUCACAAAAACAGAUCCAUGCCUUGUCUCUUUGGAUGUCUGUGCUUCUUGCUCCUCCAUUUGCUUUGUGCAGCACAAGAUGAAGACUUAAGAAGCUGUAGGACGGCGCCGUGUGACUUGGUCUUUAUUCUAGAUGGUUCGUGGAGUGUGGAGGAUGUCAACUUUGAAAUAGUCAAGCGAUGGCUGGUCAAUAUAACCACAAGCUUCCAUGUUGGACAGAAGUUUACCCAGGUGGGAGUUGUCCAGUACAGCGACGAUCCCGUCUUACAAAUGCCUCUAGGGAAGUACCCCUCCAACGAGGACCUCAUCAAAGCAAUGGAGUCCAUUGAGUACAUGGGGGGGAACACACGGACAGGGACGGCCAUCAGGUUUGCUACAGACAAACUGUUCGGCCUCUCUGAGCGUGGUCCAAAGGGCAUUGCAAGAAUUGCCGUUGUCCUAACAGAUGGGAAAUCUCAAGAUGAGGUUUUGAAAGCUGCAGAAGCGGCAAGGAAAAAAGGAAUAAUUCUCUUUGCAAUUGGUGUUGGGUCAGAGACAGAGGAGGCUGAGCUGAGGGACAUUGCAAACAAGCCAUCUUCCACCUAUGUUUUUUCUGUUGAGGACUACAAAGCUAUCUCCAAGAUACGCGAGGUUAUACGACAGAAGCUGUGUGAAGAGACCGUUUGUCCAGCAAGAAUCGCUGUCGAUUCCCGUGACGAGAAGGGUUUUGAUAUACUGCUGCAUCUCAAUUUGGCUAAAAAAGCAAAGCUGACCCAUGGGUCGUUUUAUGGCAGUAAAGCCUACGAAGUAACAUCUCACGUUGACUUAAGCGAGACAACAAGGUCCUUAUUCCCAGACGGCCUGCCUCCAUCCUAUGUGUUUGUGGCAACCCUGAAGUAUAAGGGAUCUGUGAGCAAGGAAAACUGGGACCUGUGGCGAGUGCAGACUCAUGAUGAGAAACCACAAAUGGCAGUCUCUCUAAAUGGAUUCGACCGCACGGUGAUGUUCACCACCACCAGUGAGGCACCCAGCGGCAUCCAAACGGUCACUUUCUCACAGCAGGCUGCAAGGACACUGUUUGAUGAGAAAUGGCAUCAGCUCCGGCUACUGGUCACCGAAGAGGAGGUUACCCUCUACGUGGAUGACCUGGAGAUCGAAACUUUACCCUUGGAGCCCCCAGUUGGCAUCUUCAUUAAUGGGAAAACGCAAGUUGGAAAAUACAUCAACAAAGAAACUACAGUUCCAUUUGAGAUCCAGAAACUUCGCAUCUACUGUGACCCAGAGCAGAACAAUCGAGAGACUGCCUGUGAAAUUCCCGGAGUUUGCUCCAACAAUCCUGAUUAUGCCGAGCCGACUCCAGAACCCUGUACGUGUCCUCCUGGGCCUCCCGGACUUCCAGGCAUGAAGGGGGAAAAGGGAAACAUCGGAGAGCCCGGUAAAGCUGGAGCAGCUGGUGCUGAUGGUAAGCCUGGAGUGCCUGGCAUCAGAGGAAGUCCAGGACAGCCAGGUCCAUCAGGAACAGAGGGGCCUCGGGGGCCGGCGGGCUACAAGGGGGAGCAAGGCAGGCGCGGUGAUUCGGGUGAACGGGGCGUGCCGGGACUGAUGGGGCCGCCGGGCCAAGCGGGAGAAAAGGGCUCGACAGGAUCCCCGGGAAGGCAAGGCUCACCAGGAAAUGAUGGCCAAGUGGGAGAGAAGGGAAGCUCUGGACCUCCUGGGUCACCGGGAUAUCAAGGAAAGCCAGGCUCGCCCGGAAGAGAUGGACACGAUGGAUUUCCAGGGAGACCUGGUCAAAAGGGUGAACCGGGGACAAGUGGUCUACCAGGUCUCGAUGGAAGGGAGGGUCAUCCCGGUAUGCCUGGCGUACCUGGAAUUGCAGGCCUUAAUGGGCUUAAGGGGGAGGCUGGUUUGCCUGGACCAAAGGGCUCUAAAGGAUCAACUGGACCAGCUGGUGAGAUAGGCCUACUGGGAGCACCUGGUUCAACAGGACAACCUGGGCCCAAGGGGAGCAAGGGUGAAAGUGGAGCAGCGGGUCUACCAGGAAAACCAGGACAGGAGGGAAAAGCAGGUGAACCGGGAACGGCAGGUCAGCCAGGGUACCAAGGCCUGCCCGGCCUCAAGGGCCUCAAGGGACAAAGAGGAAGCCCCGGUGAGAGAGGAGGGGAGGGAAUGAAAGGUGAAAUUGGACAGCACGGUCGGCCAGGGGAUCACGGUCUUGCUGGUCCAACGGGGCCAAAAGGAGAGAAAGGGACAACAGGAGAGCCGGGCCAGAGAGGCCAAGUGGGUCAAGAAGGGAGGCCUGGACAGCCAGGACAGAUAGGCCAAUCUGGUCCCCGGGGACAGCGCGGAGACACUGGCCCUCCUGGCCUGCCCGGUCCAGAGGGGAGACCCGGAAGUGAUUUGUCAGAGAAGCACAUUCGGCAGAUAUGCAGAGAGAUACUCCAAACGGAGAUGCCUUUACUGCUGCGGAGCAACCAGCAGAGUGGCUGUGUCGAAUGCCACACCAGGCCUGGGUCCCCUGGUCCCCCAGGCCCAACGGGGCCCCAGGGCUCCAGGGGUUUGCCUGGGUUGCCUGGCUCCAGCGGACAGUCGGGCCACCCUGGUCUACCGGGGCGCCCUGGUAUUCCUGGAGUUAAAGGAGAUCCAGGUUUUAAGGGUGAAAAAGGAAGUCCUGGUAGAACAGAAUUUGGAGACCAAGGGCCACCAGGCCCCCCGGGCCCAGUGGGUCCCCAAGGGUACAGUAAACCCGGUCUUCCAGGUAAGCCUGGACCCCCUGGUCAAAAUGGAGUAGAAGGUAAAAGAGGUAGCCCUGGUGUCCCUGGCCAACCCGGACUGUGUCAUCCAUCCAUGUGUUAUGGUACUAUGAUGCGGCGGGACGCGUUCAGCAAAGGGCCAAACUAUUGAAGCAGUGUAAUACAGACAACAAAUGAGUGUAUGGAGCAAACAGCAAUUCUUUCUAAUCUCAGGAAGAUCUCAUCUUUACAGUGUUUCUCUCUGUCCCAGAGACGAAAAGUACCUCCUUUAAUGUGUCACGUGAUCUCAUUCCGUCGAUAGAAUUAGAUACUUUCUCACAUUUUCUGUUGUAAAUUAGUAUUAUCUAAAUGUCUUUUAAUAUGUUUUGAGAGUCAGGCGAUUUUCAGAGCAUUGACUAUUUCAAGUUAUUGCUGCUUUUUUGAGCUCUCUGAACUUUGUGGCUUGGCAGAGGUUCCCAUUAUGGGCAGUGAGGCUGGUACGUUUUCCCAUACUGCCCCCUGGUGUUGCUUCUUUGCAUGUUGCUUUUGUAACUUUUUGCUCAACACUGUAGGUAGGUGGGGAAUCGGUGAAUAAAUAAAUAAAUAGGCUUGAUUGAAGGACAGUUUUCUAUGCAUAUCCAUUUCAUGCUCCAUAACUUAUUUUUGCUGAAAUUUACGUCAGGAAUCUGCACGUUUUUGGACAACAGAUGUGUAUUUGUUUUCCUGUACAGAUCCAAAGAGGCUGUAAGCCUGAAAUUCCGAGUUUUCGAACUCUUAGGAUUAAACUUUCAAAUCAAAUCUUUUAAAACAACAAACACCACAUAUCAUUUAUGAGAUAUUACUCAAGCUAAGCACAUUUUGUAAUUUUACCCUUGUAAUGAUAACAUGUCAUAUGAAAAUUGGGCAAAAUUGGGAAGUAAAACCUGAUCCAUUUUACCAUUUAUCGACAGAUAUGCAGGAACUCAGCUAAUAGGAUUUCUCCUCUAUGUGGCAAGACCAAUUUUCAUUACUGUAGUACUGUAGUUUUGAUGUUAUUUAUAAAACCGAAUAACAACUGUGUUCACUUCAAGCAGCCUCUGUAAUUUUAUUUUCUUUGUAAUAGUUUUGUAUGUUUUUUUUUACUAGUAAUAAACAUUUUUGUA